AUGUUCAUAAAGGAGUACAAGGAGAUGCUGGCAGACCGACUUCUUGCAAAUCCCACCUACCAUGCUGAAAGGGAGAUGCAAAAUCUGGAGCUACUGAAGACCAGGUUCGGUGAUGCGGCGCUUGUCCACUGCGAGGUGAUGCUGCAAGACAUCAAGGACUCCAAGCGCAUCAACGGCAGCUUGGCAGAAGUUUUUUACGAGGUCCAGAGCGCUGUUACAACUCUGCACCACACCUUCGCACCGAAGAUCGUCACUCCCCAAGGCAGAUCACCCACGCUUCCGGCCGCUUGGGCAAAAGGCAGCUAUGAAGCCCGAGAUCUCGAGCGAAACAUGCUGCAACUAAAGCUUGCCUUGGGCAUGACUACGCUCAGGGGGGCGACUCAGUUUGUGCAAUCGCCUAGGCUACCGGCUCAGCUGGAGGAGGCCUUGUCGGAGUACGGCCAUGCCUACACCAAGACGAAGGCAAAACGUCGCCUGUCUUGGGCAGAAAGACAUGUGUUCCACAGGUUUCUCGCAGGCAGUCACAGCCUCAGCAAGGCCAAGCAAGAAACAGAAACCAUUGGUCAUUACUAA